UGCAAUUUAGAGUCUUGCAGAAGAUUACAUUUAGUAGGGAUUGAACGCAAGAAUUGCCAUCUGUCGGUGGAAAUCAAGAACUACACAGUCAUCAGAAUCCACAGUUGGUUUAGUUUCACUUUUCAUCCAUGUUUUGAUCUCAGAAGUGUGUGUCUGUUGUGCGAGACGAAACAUAUGAAAGACGCGUGGAAGUGACACAGUUGCACCCACCAGAUGGCAGAGCAGGGCAGGACAGUGAGAGUGAGUCGCCUGCCCACCAACAUUGAGGAUGACCGGCUGAUCGACAAGUUAUUCAUCCACUUCCUGAGGACCAGCAAUGGGGGAGGGGAAAUCGAAUCUGUCACCGUUGUCACACCUGGCUGUGCCCUUAUCACUUUCGAGGACAGUAAAGUGGCCCAGAGUGUGCUUCAAUAUGGCCGACACAUUUUGAAGGUGGACAAGAAAAAGUAUGAACUAAAACUAAGAGAGCAUCGCAAUGAUAUUGACCCGGCUAAGGUCAUCCUAAACAUGUCCGUUACCGUAGACUACGGCCAGCUUCCCAAGGGAAAGAUGGCGGUGACGCACAUGCUCACUAGCCACCCUGACGUCCACAUCAGCCACAACCCACCAGAAGAGCUGUGCACCCUGACGGGCCGUUACUCCGAGAUCCAGGCUGCAGUAGCCCAACUACUGGGCCUCUCCGGGGACCGAGGGACCACAGACACCAGCUCCGCUGCCUCGAAUGGUGCCGAGGAAGGGCAUGCUUCUCCUCACACAGGCCGGACCUCUCAAACCAGGGACACGACACAGACCAGGGCGGAGCAGCCUCUGUCCGCAGGGGCUCAAGGCCUGGGCUCGUAUGAGGAAUUAGGAUCUGGAGUUUAUGGUUGGGAGGCUGUGGGCCAGACCGAGGACGGCGCUGUGGGUCUGCAGCCUGAACCUCAAACCAUGGUGGACGAAGACUUCUCCCUCAUUAUGGAUGCAGACCUGUUCCUUUAUCUGCAGAGGCACUGUGGGGAGGAGUACCGGCACAUCCUCAGCAGUUACGGGGUGGAGGCGGUGGACGUGUCAGCUCAGGGGUUGACCACCCUGUUCUUGCAGAACGGUACCGGGACGGGGAAGCCGGGCGGGGAGCUGGAGCGUCUUAGGGGGGCUCGCGGAGACCUGAGCCAGCUCUACCAGGAGAACGAGGCCAGGCUUCGAAGAGCUCAGCUGCCCAAGAGUAUUCUACCCCCCAGGGGUGGUCUGCAGACGACCAUUGAGGCCCUUCAGGUCAGCCUGCCGAAACUCCUCCUCAGUGAGGAUGACAGAAACAUCUUCAUAGUAGGAAGCGGCAGUGACGUGUCGGAGGCCAAGCAGAUCCUCCUCUUGGGCCAGAGAGAGCAAGAGUAUGCAACGGAUGAUGUCGCCAGCUUGCUGAGAUCUCCUCCACCCACCUCUUAUUCCUCAAAACCAGGGAAGGAGGCGAAACCAUAUCAUGUUCUCACCUCAUCAGGAUUUCUGGACCCCAGGGUAGAUAAGAUGCUGAAGUCUUAUGAGGUUGAGAGGAAAGCAGAAGGUGCCAGAGGGUAUAAACUAGCAGCCAGGUUUAAGGACUUGGGGGUGGCUGGGCUGGGUGGGCUGGGGGCCAAGCCAGGGGGGACGGUGGCUGCAGGGUCCUCAGGUCUUAGUACACGACCAGGCCUUAGGCCUAUGCAGACUCACGAGCAUCUGUCUAGCAUAGAGAAACCAAGUUUAGGGGGCGAAGGAUUCUCAAGCGCAGGAGCGCAAAACAUUGAAGAGGAUCUCUCAUUUAAGAAUGGCAGUCCCUUGUUUAAUUAUUCCACUAGGGAAAGGAAAUCUGCUUCGAGUUUGUUGUCAAUCGGCACACGUCAAGGGAGUGAUGUAGCCCCCCUCGCCACAACUCAGAGCAACCUGGCAGAGAUCGCCACAUUCCCAACCCCUGGAUCUGGUUCUAGUCUGAGGAGAGCCAGUAGUUUCUCUGGACGGUCCAGGCCCAAGGACCCGGACACAGGGCAGAGCAAGACUGCAGAGGAAACCGGUAAGUCCAUGGCCAGGUCCAACAGCUUCAGUAACCGCACGGGGAGGGAUAGGAGAGGUGUUUACACCGCACAGGUGCCUGUUUCCACAGUGAUGUGGCGGUACAUCAAAGAGGUCUAUGCCAUUCGCCUUGAUGACAUAACCUCUGACUUGCAGAUGGCAGAUAACCAAUUAGAAAAGAGUUGCGACGUCACUGUUACAUUGAAGGGUGCGGAAUCAUCCAUAGUAAAAUCUUGCGAGUUGGAGCUACGAAAGCUGGUUGCCAUGGUUACCACAGACUUCUCCGUGCAAGAGCUGCGUCUGGCCGAACUGGGCGUAUCCAACCCCCAUGAUGAGACAUUGAAUGAAUGCUGUGCCGAGAUCCGGGGACGCUUCAAGAAGGUGUCUAUCCAGGUGCUGAAGGAGAGUGUCUUUCUGAUUGGCCCCAGACUGCUGUGCUCUCAGGUGAGUGCAGCUCUGAGAGAGGUGUUCUCUGGAGUGCAAGGCCCGGGGCAGGAGACAGUGGACCUCUGUGCAGCCUCUACCUCCAGCGUGAACCAGCCGACGCCUCUUCAGAUGAAUGGAGAUCCAAACCCCACACCAUCUCAGAAUAAUACCCUUCAGCUGAAGACAGACUACGAUAGAGUAGAGAGAGGGGAGGCAACUGGCGGCAGUCUGGAGAAAAACUUUAAGAGAAAAGAUUCUACAAAGACACAGAGGAAGACUGAGACAGAGCCCAAGAAUGGAGUGGUCAGCAGCCUAUCCACCAGGAAGGACCCUGUUACAAGAGAGAAAGUGAAGAGGAGAGAGACAGUGGAUACGGAUGGGAACCAGACUGACACAUUGACCAGCCAUUCAGUAAGAGGGAAGGAUAGAGGACAGGCACCAGUGAUGGGUAGUGGGACAGCAUCUGAUUCAGUGUCUACACAAACCAGUCAAGGCAUAGAAACUCCACCAAAAGACCACAACCUUCCAUCUCAAUUGCCCCAGACGAAAGAAAGAUUGUCCAGAACGGAGAAUCAAGAGGGAUCAGGAGGAUCUAUUACACAACACAGUUCAAGAAGGUCCAGUCUGCCUGGGGCUCAGGGGGGGAUGUGUGUGUGUGGUAAAAGUGGAGCCUCAUUGAAAAUGACAGAGUGCAGGUCGACCCUGUGUCCAGAGUGCCUGGCCAACGUCCACAUCCACUGCAGGGUUUGUCCUAAAGUAAAGGAGACGCCACGUGGGAUCCAGGGCAAAAUGAGCUGCUCUGAGAUGUCCCUGUCCCUGCCCGGCCACAACAGGCACUCCACAAUGAAGAUCAGCUACUACAUACCCGAUGGCAUUCAGGGGGAGGAUCACCCGUCCCCUGGCUCGACGUUCCGAGGGGGGCUGUUUGAGGCCUUCCUGCCCCUGUGUGAACGCACCCACAGUCUGCUGCCCCGGCUAGAGAGGGCAUUCAAGCUGGGCCUCACCUUCACUGUGACAAGCACCAAGACAGGGCCCAGGGUCACCUGGGACUGCAUCCCCCACAAGACCAGCCUGCAGGGGGGCAAGUCUGGGAACGGAUAUCCAGAUUCCAACUAUUUGACUCGUCUAUCUGAGGCGCUGGCUGCUGUUGGGAUCGAGCAGGUGCCAGCCAAGUCUCAAAAUACAAAUCAAAUAUGAUGUGGGUAAUUGAUUUUACAAUUUUAACGUCUGUUUCUUGUCAAUGUAAACAUUUUAAUUUGUAUAUAUUGCAAUAUAAUGCAAUACAUUCUUAAACAAGAUUUUUUUAUACUGUAAUGCCAAAUGGCUCAUGGUUACUGUGUUUGUUCAUGUCUAAUAGGAUAGAAACUAAUUGUCUCCUAGUUCACCGUUAUUUGUCCUGGCAGCUAUUAUAGAUUUCUUUAUCAGAUUUGAUUAACGAUCUUGUGCUCCCAGAACCAUCAUUCCACUGGCACCCAUGUACAACUGCACAACACAUACCCUGGCACGCCACUGCAGGCGUUUCCAGUGUUAAUCAACACAGAUUAUACAAAAUAAAGAAACCACUCCGAUUUUGUUUUGUUAUGCUUUUUUUUUAUUUUUUAUUAGUCCUGGAAAACAUGUAAGGCAUAUGGUAACAUUACACACUGAAGCGUUACAAGCUCUAGAGUCCAUGUGGACAACAUGGCAUCACACAGUCAACCCAGAGUCAGCACAGAAGCAGCAUCGAUUUGAAGGGUUUAAAAAACAAAGGAGUGACAAGGGGUGACAAGAGUAUCUGCUACUGGAAAGCAACACGGUGUACGAUGAAAUCGAAGGAAAACGACCAGUUUACAGGUCAAACCUGUAGGAUGCCUUGUAGAAAAUCCCCUGUGGAUCCUAAACUGCACCAGCAGGUGCCUAUGAGGACGGGUUGAUAGAGUGAACCUGCAGUUGUGAAGCGGUCCUGGAGAUUAGUGUGUCCUGGUGUGAGACUGAAGCAGGUGUUGAGUUUGGAAAGAGGGGGUGGUUAAGCGACGGUGAUCUGGCUGCUGUUGGCACCUUGACUUGGUUGAAUGCACUGAUAAAAUCCACAAGUGGUUAACUCUCCAAUGAAGUAGUGAACUACAUGUGUGAGUAUGCCUUUGUUUUUUUUGUUUUUUCUCUGCCACUUAUCUACACAUGGAUUCUAGGGUGCUGCCCACGACAAGCCCGGCCAAAUGCUUUACACACUGGCUCAGCAUCUCUGUGACAUCAGGGUAAAGUUGCUGCACUGCAAUAGUUUUAAGUGAUUGUUAAUGAAUAACUGUCUACAGCCAGACGGGGUUAGUUGAGGGUAAUAUAUGUGUGUUUGUACGUGUGUGUGAAUGAGAUGUGUGGCUCUGGCUGUGGUAAACAGUUCUCUGUCUAGAGAAGUCCAUCUUUCUAACUAAAAACACUAUACAGCAAACCAUGCUGCAGAGGGACUCAUGAUACUGAAUGAGCACAUGGAAAACUAACUAAUAAAGAAACAUUUAUAAUUCCUGAUCAAAGGUAAACUGCUGAUUUGAUUGGCCUGUGAGAAACAAAACAAUAUGGUUCGCAGCUGAACAGUGGUGGGCUGUAAACCCCCUUAAGACAGCUGGGAAAAUACUGUGCUCGUUGCCAUUAAACUCUGAACUGCUCUGGGAUUUGGCUUCUGAUUGUAUCAUUUACAAAUCCUGGACUGAAAAGCAAUGCAAUGUAUGACACUGAAAUGAUUGAUUUCUUUCUUCCAAGAGGCUAGACACCAUGUGGCUAAUGGAAUGUUUUUCAAUGGAGGGUCUCUGGAUUAGUGAAGUCUAUCUCUUGCAUAAGAAUUUCUGUCUCUCAGCAAUAGUCUUUCCAGAUACACACAGCUACGACAUAGAUUCACCAACCUGGUAACGCCACGAGGCGAUAGAGAAAGGAGAGGGAUUGGACUCAUCCAACAGAUUCGCUAUACUUUUAGACCUACAGUUGCACCCAAAACCCAGCUGUAAGGACAGUCCAACAGAUUCGCUAUACUUUUAGACCUACAGUUGCACCCAAAACCCAGCUGUAAGGACAGUGUACAUGUAGUGUGAGGUCAUCUUGGAGACGUUUUAUUUAUAAAUAAUACAAUUAAAGGGGAAAUAACAAUGAAUCAAAUGACACGCAAUAUGUUGGCCACGUGCUAUGUUGGCCACGUGCUAUGUUGGCCACGUGCUAUGUUGGCCACGUGCUAUUCACUGCAUGCAGUGUCAUUCCAGACGUUGAUGUAAUGAGUGGUUCUGUAUGAGUGCGUACGGAAAUGGAGGGUGGAGUUUUGGCGGACUAACGAUUGACAACAACCAUGUUCUGUAUCCAAGAGUCUCUUAAGGGGCAACACAGGAAAGGUGGAAUGUUUUAAACAGGCCUGGGACUCAGAUCAGCUCGAGAGCGGAAAUAUCGCAUCUGGGACCGUCUCUGCCUGAGCUGAGAUCAGCCACUGAGCUGGGGGAGUGUUUGAAUGCAGCUGGGCCGUGCUGAUUACAUUCGUGCACAGCUGUGUAAAAGCACCUGCCCCCUCAUCAGCAACACGUUUGGAAUCAGGCUUAAAGAAACAACUCAUUUGGAACUCGGUGGUCAGUGCAGACGAUUACAAAAUUCACCCAGCAUUGUACAAAUAAGUAAUUUUUAACUUCUAUGUUGUUUUUGGCGGAAGUUGCAGAAGUAGAUCAUUCUUUCCUGCACCUUUGUCCUUGUCGUUUUUACUGUGGCAAUAGACUCAGAAUGGUUGUAAACACAGAUGACAAGGAACCAGUUUGUUGCUGUUUGAGUAGCAUUACCUGCCUCAACUCACAGUAAGGAGGACAUGGAUUGGGAGGGAGGAGCUUCAGGGCGAGGUAAUCUGGUAUGUGUUAGGACCGAGGCACAGUGAACACUCGACAGCAAGACCCCAACCAAUCAGAAACGACUUCUGUGUCUCUUUUAAUGCACUGCAGCAAUAUUCUACCAGCACCCACACGCAUUUGGGAUGGAAAUCAUACACACAGUAUCAAUUUUCAGUGAUUUUGUUUUUCUCUUACAAGGUCAGAGGAAAAGUAUCCAGAAAAAGCUUUCUUUCGUGUUUUUUUUUUCCUUUUCAUAUUUGUUACGCACCAUUGUAGUAAAGGCAUUGACAGAGGUGUUUGGCACAUAAUG